GGCCCGGCCGCCGCGCCGUAGGGCGGUUGCUGUAGCGACGGGCGGCGCGGCCUGGUGCGGCGGAGCUCCCGAUGUCGUUCCGCGACCUGCGCAAUUUCACCGAGAUGAUGAGGGCGCUGGGGUAUCCCCGGCUCAUCUCGAUGGAGAACUUCCACGCCCCGAACUUCAUGCUGGUUGCCGAGGUGCUGCUGUGGCUGGUGAAGAGGUACGAGCCUCAGACUGACAUUCCUCCUGACGUUGAGACGGAACAGGACCGUGUUUUCUUCAUUAAGGCUGUAGCUCAGUUUAUGGCUACCAAGGCUCACAUAAAGCUCAACACGAAGAAGCUUUACCAGGCAGAUGGCUAUGCAGUGAAGGAACUGCUGAAAGUCACCUCUGUGCUUUACAGUGCUAUGAACACCAAGGGAGCGGAGCGCACGGACGUGAGUGAGGAAGACAGCAGCAAAUUCAAGUUUGAUCUUGGCUCAAAAAUUGCUGACUUGAAGGCAGCCAGACAGCUUGCUUCUGAAAUCACCUCCAAAGGAGCAAGUCUGUAUGACUUACUUGGCAAAGAAGUUGAGCUAAGGGAAGCAAGAACAGAAUCUAUUGCCAGACCUUUGGAGAUAAAUGAGGCCGAGAAGAUGAUGAAAAUUGCCAUUGACUGUGUUCUGGAACAAGUCCAAAAGACUAAAGACAUGUUGAAUAAUGUCGCUUUGGAUGAAGCCAAUUUGGAAGCCAAGAUUGAAAAAAGGAAAUUGGAGCUGGAAAGAAGCCAGAAGAGGCUACAGACCCUACAGAGUGUUCGCCCUGCUUUCAUGGAUGAGUAUGAGAAGAUAGAGGAACAACUGCAGAAACAAUACAGUAGUUACCUAGAAAAAUUCCGUAAUCUAACCUACUUGGAGCAGCUCCUGGAUGAUCAUCGUCGGAUAGAGCAAGAGAUGUUUGAGGAAGCAGCAAACAUGCUGCGUCUGAUGCAGAACAGGCUGAAGGAAGAGGAACAACACCUGCUUAAGAGUGGAAAUAAUGAUGAUUCCGAUGCAGACAGUCAAGAAGAUGAAGGCUCUGAUAGUGAAGUGGAAGAGGGGCAGAUCAUGAAGCAGCACACAGCCACGGAGGCUCUAGUGCAAGGGAGAACUGGCACGCGGAUCGUGGGAACGAUGCAAGGUGGAGACACAGAGGAAGAAGGGAGAUCUGCCCCAGCCCAGCCAGGCAAGCGCAAGAUCAUCACCAAGGCACAGGAGGAGUCGGGGGAUAGUGAGAUUGACCUGGAUGAUGAUGAAGAUGAAGAGGAGGAAGAGGAUGUGGAAGAUGACAGCAUGGAAAUCUCCCCAGGCAAAUCCAAUCACCGAGCAAAGAAGCCAGAGCCUCUAGAGGAAAGUGACAACGACUUCUGACCCUCUAGUAGCAGGGCCAGGAGGCACCUUGAAAUAAAAACUUUGGAGAGCGUUCAGGCCAGGAACUAAUGUCCUGCCAUCUGAAAAGUGCUCGUCAGCAUGAAUUCAGGAGUUGGUAAAUAAUGUUCAUUAAACUUGAAAAUUAAACUUGGAUUGCCAGUCCUGUGACUCGCAAAGUAUGAACAGUUUAUCCGUAAUGAGAGUCACAGUGAUGUGGAGUGCUGUUAUUUCCAUAAUUGCAUUAGAACUGGCCCUCAUGCGCUGCAGUGCCAGAAGUCUCACUCCAGUGAGCAUUGUGUGCCUGAUUUCCCUGCAUUUUAUUAUGUCCAAACAGAUUUUUUGGCUUAAUAAAGCUGGAUGAAAAGCUGCUCUGGGAA